UUCCCAAUCAAUUUAGAUUGUUGUAUACGGAAAGUUUACAAGAUAAAACUAAAAAAAAAAAUAAACAAAAAAAUUAUGAUAAAAACGAAAAUAAAAACCCAAUAAAAAUAAAGUAAAAGUAAAAUUUGCAAAAUAAAAAUUUUCCUUGAAAAGUAUAGAAAAUCUUAAAAAAAAAUGUGAAGAAAUAACUAUUAUAUUUAAAUUAACAAGCAAGGUGAAAUUGUGUCAAAAAAAAAAAAUAAAAGAAAUGCAAUUCAAAAAUUUAUAAGAAAAAAUUUUUACAAUUCAACUUUUAUUAUACAUUAAUAAUAUUCUAUAUAUAUACAUAUUAUAUACAGUUAUUCAAUAGUUUGAGUACUAUUUACUAUGAUCUUUAUUUUUAUGUGAUUUAAAAUUAAAUUUGAGAGUUAUUCUUUAAAAAACAACCCUUGGAAAAAUUUAAGUUUUUCUUAACUAAAACAUACGACUGUUGCUUUAAUUUUUUCUGAAAUAUAUAUACGAUAUACAUUAUACAUAAUAUAUGGGUAUAAGUACACAAUAUUAUAAUAAAAAGUGGAAAGAAAAAUUAUAGAAUGAUUAGUUAAUUUUCUCAAUAUACCAACGUUCAGUGAUGCUCCAGUUUUCUACUGCUUAUACGGAGAACUAAAAUAAUCAAUUAUUAUAUUUUUAAUUUGAAAUAAUUAUAAAAAAAAAAUAAAAGUGCUCACCUACAUGGUAUCUGAAAAGAAAUAACAAUUGAAAGGAUAAUCCUUUUUUCUAGUUCUAAAGAAAAUAAGUGUAUAGUACAUUAAGUACCUAUACAUUAAGUACAUAUAAAGUAUGUAUACAUUAAGUACAUAUAAAGCUGAUAGUUUGAAGUAUAAGUAUCUAUAAUUCAACAUUUUUUUUUACAACAAAAAGAUAGAAUAAGAUAUUUAGUAUAGCAAUAUCAGAAAAAAAAAUAUAACAAAUAAUAUUACAAAACAUGAUUAGUGUUUUUUUGAACAUGUGCACUAAAUAAAAUAAUUGAAUUAAUAAGUAAUAAUAUGCUCCAUAGUCAUAUACAGAUAUAAAAGAUAUAAUCACGGAAAUUUUUCCAAAAAUUAAUGUUUAUAUACAUAUGUAUUCAAUUUUAUAUACGUAUGUCUAUAAAAAAAAGAAGCUGCAACUUUCAUAAAACAUUUAAACUUCACUAAGGAGGUCCUAUACAUACACAUGUGUACAACUAGUAAACAGGUUACUUUGCAUUUUAAUUACUAAAUGGAAAACGAAAAAUGGCGCAAAAAUACUACUCAAAGAAAUAAAUAUUCUGUUCAUUUUAUAUUUUUUUAAUUAUAAAUUACCACAAAAAUGGCACAAAAACAUUUUUUUUAAAAACAAUUUAAAUGACGAUGCUAAUUAAAAAAAAAAUAUGACACAAAGAAAAAAAAAAAUAUCAAAAAUGAAUUUCAUGUAAAAAAAAAAAUUGUAAAAACUAGAUAAUUAUAAAGUUAUAAAGUUAGUCAAAAACAAGCAACAGAGAUAUAAAAACGUAAAAUAAGGAUAAAAAAUUUUCAACCAGCAACCAAUAUGUGGCAAGAACAACUCAAUAUUUUCGCAGUUAAAAGCUCCCAAAUAAUCAAAAAGUAAAAAUAAUACAAUAAAAAAAUGAAUUUAGGAAUUAAUUAAAUAAAUUGAAUUCAAUUGUUUAAAAAACAACAUAAAAAAAUAUCCGUAAAUUUAAAUUAAAAAAUAAAAUUUAAAAUUUAUAAUUAAAAAUUAAAAUAGUAAAUAUUAAAUAAGUAAAUUCAACUUUAAUAAUGACUUCGUCAAUUUAUAAUAAUUUAGUUACAACAAUUAGUGGAUUUAAAAUAUUUUUAAGAAUAAAUGUCAUUGGUUUACUAAUAUUAAUAUUUCAUAGUUGUGGUUUAGGGGAUUGUGCUCUUCGUGGUGUUCAAUUAAUUGUUGAACCACCAACAGUUAGAAGAGGUCAUCAUGCAACUUUUAGGUGUCUUUACGAUAUGAAUGGAGCUGAACUUUAUUCAGUGAAAUUUUAUCGUGGUCUAUUAGAAUUUUAUCGAUUUACACCUAAUGAAAGGCCAAGUACAAAAGUUUUCCCAUUUCCAGGUUUUAAUGUAGAUGUUUCAAUGUCAAAUGCUACUCAAGUUGUUUUACGAAAUGUUGGUUUUCCACUUUCUGGAAAUUUUUCAUGUGAAGUUACUGCAGAUGCACCAUAUUUUUCAACUGCGACUGCAUUUGUACGACUACUAGUAGUUGAAACACCUGAUAAAAAACCAGAAAUAUGGACAGAACAGCAUCAUUAUGAAGUUGGUGAAAUUUUACGAGCAAAUUGUUCAACAGCACCAUCUCGUCCAAGAGCAGUUCUUAAAUUUUCUAUAAACAAUAUUGCAUUACAACCAACAAGUACAGAAAAUAUCGACACCAUUGAUCAAUUAUUUGUGACAAAAAUUAGUAUUAAAUUACGAUUACAAGGAAUUCAUUUUAUAUCAAACAAUCAUAUUGGAAAUUCUUAUUCAAGUUCAAAUUUUGGUGGAAAUUUUUUAAAUUUUAUAAAUCCUUCAAAUAAUAAUGGUAAUAAUAAUGGUGUUGGAAGUUUAAUAUUAAGAUGUUCAUCCAAAAUUGAUGAUUUUUAUCAAGAUUUUUCUGAAAUUGAAUUAGGUGGAGUUCAGAAGGAUCCAAUUCCAGCAAGGGUAACUUCAUCAUCAGCAUCAAUACCGAAAAGUUUUCUUUGGCAAUUGGAAAAAUAUUUAACGAAUUUAUUACCUUCAACAAUAAAAAAGGGAAAAACAUCGGAAAUACCAGUAUCAAGAUUAUCAUCACUAUCGGUAUCCUUAUCAAAAUCAACAUCAUAUGAAAAUCAACUUAAUUCAUCAUUUUUAUCAACAUCAUCACCAACAUCAUUAUUAUCGUCAUCAUCAUCUUCAUUUACAACAAUAUACCAAUCAACAACAGCAGAAUCUAAAUCUAAAUUCAAUGUAGUAAAAGGUGGAGUAAUACCAAAAUUAACAACUUUCACAUUUACAGUAAUUAGCUUCAGUUCAACAGUAAUUGGUUCACUUAAUUUGAUCCAGAAAAGCUUAAGAUAGCUAAAUUAAUCCCUCGAAAAGUUGUGCAAAUUAAGUAAAAAAGAAAAAAACAAAAAUUUAUUAAAUACCUUUAACUAACUGUAGAAAGAAAAUAUAAAGAGGAAAACAAAAACAAAAGAAAAAAACAGAAAACCAAAAAUAACAAAAAAAAAAAAUUAUAAUAAUAAUAAAAAUAUUAGUAAGAAAAGAAAGAAAAUAAUAAGUUAGAUAGAGAAAGAAAAUAAUUGAGAAGUAAUAAGUACGUAAUAUGCGAAGUAUAUAGAAAGAGAGAUGAGUGCGGAUAUUGAAAUGAAUGCUAAAGUGGAAAGUUGUACGAAGAGUGUAGAGAAAACAAAUGAAAAAGAAAAUUAAUAACAUCAAAAGUACAAGUAUUUUACAUACAAAAAAUAAAACAACAACAAAAAUAAAAAUAAAAAUGAUUUAACAAAGGUGUGUAUGAUAAACAACAAAACCAACCCAAAACUCUGAGGAUGAAAUAAAUGAAUUUUCAAUAAAAAAUUAACAACAACAAAAUUCAAAAGAAAAAAUAAUAAUUAAAUUAAAUUAUAUAAAAUUAAAUAUGAAUUAAAACAAAUUUUUUAUCUUAAUUUAGUAAUUGUUUUUUUUUUUUUUUAAUUUUUUUCUAAUAAUUAUUUUAGUUAUGCAAAUUUAAAUAAAAUAAAAUUAUAUUUGUUAAUAAGUUAAAAUUUAAAAUAAAAUAAAAUAAACAAAAAAAGAGAAAAAAAUUUAUUAAAAUAAAUGUAAUUAAUAAUAAUGAAAUUU